UCCGGGCAUUAGGGCUGCGCAUGCACUCUGACUUUAGAGAUUCGCACGAGGCGACAUGGAGGGCUCAGCGAUCGACUCUCCCCAUGCCUCGGUCGCUAAGGCGACCACCACUGAGGGGCAAGUGGCUUCGACCGCUCUUUUACAGCUGGACAGAGAGCAGAUUAGAAAGGCCGUGGAAGUUCUGUUUAAUCAGUCAAAGUCCAAAAAAAACAACAAUGAAUUGCUGUUGAAUGUGCGCGAAAAUGUAUUUCUAAUGGUGAUAUUAUGGAAAAUUCCAGAGAAAGAACUUCGGGUCAAAGUAUCUUUGCCUCAUAGCAUUCUCACAGAAUCCUCAGAUGUAUGUCUGUUCACGAAAGAUGAAUAUGAUUCACCUGAACAGACAGAAGGCUUCUAUAAAAAGCUUUUGAAAAAACAUGGAGUUAACACUAUCUCUCAGAUUAUCCCUUUUAAAACUUUAAAAACAGAAUAUAAAGCCUACGAAGCCAAGCUCCGCCUCCUGGGCAGCUUUGAUGUCUUCAUUACUGACGAGAGAAUUCGACGGCAUUUGCCCACACACAUAGGAAGACAUUUCUAUCAGAGGAAGAAAGUUCCAGUAUCUGUGAACCUUCUGGCAAAGAAUCUGUUCAAAGAGAUUGACCGAUGUGUCACAGGGACCGUCUUAAACAUCUCUAAGCGUGGUUCUUGCAGUACGGUCCGUAUUGGUCACACUGGAAUGAAGACUCAGCACAUCGUUGACAACAUCAUGACUGUCUCAGAAAUGCUAUCAAAAAAGUUACCAGAGAAAUGGCAGAGUGUGAAACUCUUGUUCCUGAAAACUGAGAAGUCAGUUUCCCUUCCCAUCUUUUCUUCAUUUGUCACAUCUCAGGAUGAAAACAUGGUUUCCUUCCGCAGUGUGAAGAAACAAGAACUAAAGAAAAGGAAGUAUGAAAACGCAAAGUUGAAGAAGGAAAGCAAAAUGCUAAGGAAGAAGUCCAAAAAACCUGCAUCUCUUUCCACUCAAGGUGGGUUAGUUAGCAGUGCUCCAGCGAAAGGCCCAGGAACCCAGAAGGAAACCAGCAAGGCAAGCACAAAGCGGGAGGUGACCGAGGAGUGUGAAGAAGCGAUUCCACAGCUGGUGCCAAUAGGAGAAACUCCAGAUAAAGAAAAUGUGAAGAUGCAAGAAAAUAUCAGAGGGAAAAAAUCUCCAAAAUUGAAAUCUCAUCCAAAUACACCUCAGGGUAAGAAAAGGAAGGCCUUACUGGCUACAGAGACUCCAGAAGCCUCAGAUCCUGGGACCUCGGUAAAGAAGCAAAGAAAGGAUGUGCGGGAAUUCGGAAAGCUAGAGGCCAAGUCCUUCUCUAUUCCCGGGAAAUCUGGAAAGAAAGCUUCCAACACACCCAGAGACAAAAAACCCCAAGCAGCCCACUCAAACUAGAAUUAGUGCAUUGGCAUGAAGAACAUAAGAGGUGACCUUAGAGCUUUUCAAGACUAAUUAGACAGGGUGUGGUAGCACAGGCUGGAAUGCAGACAUAGGCAGAUGUGUGUGGGUUUGAGGCCAGCCUAGUUGUCUACAAAGGCAGUUGGGUCACCUGGGAUACCAAGAUUCACUAUUUAAAGGCUAGAUUUAAGUUCUGGGCUUGACCUGGGCAUAAGUUCUGGGCAUAACACUUGACCUGCAUGUGUAAGAUCCUGGCUUCAGUACCCAGAACUGUCAAACAAACCCACCCAACAAGAGUACUCUGCUGCUGAUUCCAUCACAGCCCUUCCCACAAGGACUCCUGGACUUAAAUAGGUUUGAGACGUUUCCAUGGGUGCUUCUGAGUUUAAUAUUACUGUUAUAGAAACUAGGGGUUUGAGACACCAAGAUAUUUUUAAAUUGUUUAGUGUAUUUGCUGAUGCUUCUGUAUGUUUACUUUUUUUUUAAUUAAACUAUUACAUCCCCUUCUGGGUAAAUUCA